GUAGUAUCGUUAAGAAUGAUUUGUUUCAUUUCGGCAGGCCCUGCCUAUGAAGGACGUUUAAAAAUGAACGCCACGAGCAUUUCAGCAGGAGCUGGCACAAACGUGAGCUCUAUUACCGGUGAUGUGUACAGAAAUGUGUCAAACGUCACAGAACUCAUCAUUACAAACCCCUUGAACGUGACCUUUGACCUGGCCAAAAAUCUGACCAAUGACACAGCAGAAGAAGGUGUCACGAGAUUACUCCGAGCCGCGCAGGAUGCUGGUCUUUGUGAAGUCGUCUUCAGCAACCUGACGUCAUCAGGUCACGUGACCACGACUGUUGCCAGCUAUGACCCGGCGGCUUGUGGAGUUUACGGCAGCAACCCGGCACUGCAGCCUCUGCUCAUCGUCAUCCUCGUGUGCAUCACCCUCUGGGCGAUUUUCGGCAACAGCUGCCUCAUUGGGAUCAUCCUCACCGACGAAAACAUGCAGGAACCGGGAAACAUUUUCCUGUGUGCCCUGGCCUUCACCGACAUUGCGCAGUCGCUGAUGUACUCGCCAAACGCCAUCUACAGUUUGGUGCACGGUGAGUCCCCCGGCGGUCUUUGGUGCAGGACCCAAGCCUUCUUUGUCCCUUUCCUGUCCGUUCUCUCCACCCUGUUGCUGCUAAGCCUGUGGAUCUGCAGGUAUGUCCACAUAGUCUGGCCGCUGGAGUUCCACUCCAUGCUCACACCCGCUCGUCUUGCCGUUGCCAUCGUCACGUGCUUUCUGGUCGCCCUGACGCCACCGCUGGUCGGGCUUGCUCGAGUCGGGAAGAUCGUGACCUGGUCGGUGGACAUCGCUUCGGUCGACAUCGCCGAGCCAGCGAGCCUGCUGAUGCCGUGCACCUUCGGCGGGCCGGAGAGCCUUGCCGCCGUGAUGCUCUGCCUGCUGGGCGUGGUGGCCAGCUGCUGCUUCGCAAGCCUCAUCUACAAGGUGGCCAGAAGCAAGCAGCAGUCCGACAGCACCAAGGAGGCCUGGCUCGCUCAGGCUGACAUGUUCGAAGUCAAAGUCAAGGCUGUGAAGACGCUGGGGAUCGUGGUGCUGCUGCAGUGGAUAACGUGGGUGCCGAUACUCGUUGUCGGGAUUCUCAGUAAGGCUGGGGCCGUCACGGUCGCCACGGGAGCCUUCUACGGAGACAUCUGCUACGUCAUGCUGCAGACCUCCACGUUCUCAGAUUCCAUUGUGUACGCCUUCCGCAACGAGAUCUACCGCAAGGCACUGGCCAAACGCAAGAUACAGCGGAACUUCAUCAACAACUUUCAUUAA